AUGAGAUUUUGUAAUACAUUUGUACCAUAUUGCAUAUACCAUACAAAAAUUACAAAAUUCUCCCACCGGGUUAUGCGACGUGUAGUUGUCAAAAAAAAGAAGAUUUUUGGAAUAUUUUUUCCACGAGAAAGAAAAUGCCUUUUUCUCUGUAAUUUCACAUGCAAUUGGCCAGAAAUUGUGAAAAAUGAAGUACCCACAUUUUGUUGCACUUAUCCUAUCAAUUGUGGCUGUGUCUUGUGAUGAGCAUUCACAUAUUUACGAUGAUCACGAGGAAGUGGUCCUGUGGAUGAACACAGUGGGUCCGUACCAAAAUCGCCAGGAAACUUAUGCCUACUUCUCCCUGCCCUUCUGUGCCGGUACCAAACAGAGCAUCAGCCACUACCAUGAAACCAUCUCAGAGGCUCUUCAGGGUGUGGAACUGGAAUUCAGUGGAUAUGACAUUGAUUUUAAAGAUGAUGUUCCGGAGACCCAGGUGUGUAUGGUGGAUCUAACAGAGGAGAAACUGAAAGCCUUCAUCUAUGCCACAAAGAAUGACUAUUGGUAUCAGAUGUACAUCGAUGGGCUGCCAAUUUGGGGCAAAGUUGGUGGUUUGGAUGAAGCCACGGGCAAGUACUACAUCUUUGCGCACAAACGCUUCGUAAUUGGGUACAAUGGCAAGAGGAUUGUUGAUGUGAAUCUCAGCACGGAGCGCAAAGAGAUCCUCACAUUGGGUAGUAAGAUAAAGUUCACGUAUGAGGUGAAAUGGUUGCCAAAUCCGGUAAAGUUUGAGGAUCGCUUCGAUAAGUACUUGGAUCCGAACUUCUUCCAGCAUCGUAUCCAUUGGUUCAGUAUCUUCAACAGCUUCAUGAUGGUCAUCUUCCUCGUUGGGCUCGUUUCGAUGAUUCUCAUGCGAACCCUACGAAAGGAUUAUGCACGGUACAGCAAGGAUGAAGAGAUGGAUGACAUGGAACGUGAUUUGGGUGAUGAAUAUGGGUGGAAGCAGGUGCAUGGAGAUGUUUUCCGGUCUCCAUCGAAUACAUUACUCUUCUCAGCCCUCAUUGGGGCUGGGUAUCAGCUGACAUCUGUUGUUCUCUGCGUCAUUAUCUUUGCCAUCCUCGGGGAGCUCUAUACUGAACGAGGGUCAAUGCUGUCCACAGCGAUCUUUGUCUAUGCAGCCACAUCGCCGAUCAAUGGCUAUUUUGGUGGUAGCCUGUAUGCCCGCUUAGGUGGUAAAGUAUGGAUCCGGCAGAUGCUCGUUUCGGCAUUCCUUGUGCCGGUAUUUGUCUGCGGUACGGCAUUCUUUAUUAAUUUCAUUGCAAUUUACUACCACGCCUCGAGGGCAAUUCCCUUUGGGACAAUGCUGGCCAUCACGUGCAUUUGCAUCUUUGUCAUUCUCCCACUGACGCUCAUUGGUACGGUCGUGGGGAGGAAUCUCGAUGGGCAGCCAGACUAUCCGUGUCGCGUGAAUGCCGUCCCGAGGCCAAUUCCCGAGAAGAAGUGGUUCAUGGAGCCAGCAGUCAUUAUUCUUCUCGGUGGCGUUCUACCCUUUGGUUCGAUUUUCAUAGAAAUGUACUUUAUCUUCACAUCAUUCUGGGCUUACAAAAUUUACUACGUCUACGGAUUCAUGCUACUUGUUUUCCUCAUUCUCAUGGUUGUCACGGUGUGUGUCACAAUUGUGUGCACCUAUUUCCUCCUUAAUGCCGAGGACUACCGAUGGCAGUGGACAAGUUUCCUUUCGGCCGCCUCAACGUCCAUCUACGUCUACAUUUAUUCCUUUUACUACUUUUUCUUUAAGACAAAAAUGUACGGCCUGUUCCAAACAACCUUCUACUUUGGCUACAUGGCCCUCUUCAGUGGGGCUCUUGGUAUUAUGUGUGGCACAGUUGGGUACAUUGGGACGAAUGUUUUUGUGCGGAAAAUAUAUUCAAAUGUGAAAAUAGAUUAAAAUAAAACCGAGAAUUAUCGCUUCAUUUUGGUGGGAAGGGGGUGUGUAUAUGUGAAAGGACAUGGCGAAGAAGUGAGUGAAGAAAUUAUAAAAAAAAAAUACAAUGAACAGUGAGUAUUUCAUAAUUAAUUAAAAAAAAAAUGUAUAUGAUUUUAAUCGCAAUUUAAGGGCGCAACCACAGAGCCAGAAUUUAGAAUUUAAGGAAUUAUUAAAAAAAGAAAAAUGUCCCACAGUUUCGGACUCUCUAAAAGGGAAAAAGAAUACUGCAAAGGGAUGCCCCACAGGAUCAUUCACAAAUUCUCAAUUUAUGAUUAUUUGUGGUUCUUUUUUUUUUUUUAAAUAAUAAAUAAAAAGUAUAAUUUAAGAUUCCCAACUGGUCCAAUAACGACAUUUAAAAAGAAAAGAAUUAUUUUGUGUAUUUGACAGAGCAUUGUGUAAGAAUUAAGAGAAAGAAUUAUUAAAGAGAAAAAAAAAACUUAUAAUGAUAAAACGACGAAUGAGGUUCACAUUCAAUACUUAAUUUUUUUUUUGCAAGUAGAGAGACUGUUGUAAUUCAGAGAGAGAGAGAGAGAGAAUAAAUUUGUGACUGGUCAAUGCGAGUA